AUGGGCCACUGCCCCUUGGCCAAGGUCGAGGUGGGCGCCCGUAUCCUGGGCGUUGGCGGCCUACGCCGUGCCCGCGUCGCCUACUUCACGCAGGAUCUGGCUCAGGAUCUUCCAGGUGACAUGACGCCUGUGGAACACGUUUUGGGUGACGAUGCGCCGAUCUCGCUUGACAUGGAGGGUGCUCGUGCUGCGCUGGGCGCGCUGGGCCUGCGGGGAGCUUGCCACAACUCCCCCAUCAGAACCUUGAGUGGUGGCGAGAAGGCGCGUGUGGCGCUGGCGGUGUUUGCUACACGGCCUGCUGAUGUGCUGCUGCUGGACGAGCCAACAAACCACCUGGAUGGGGCUGCUGUCGCCUCUCUUUGCACAGGGCUCCGCGAGCAUGGAGGAGCGGUCUUGGUUUCAUCCCACGACAAAGCCUUCCUCGAAGCCCUGCACGUCACAGAUCAGGUGCACAUCGUGCGAGCAGAGGUUGGAGAGCCAGGCCGCUUGAAGGUCAUCAACGGACCUGUUGUGCGUGACAUCUUCCUUACCGGUAGCAAUUCCACGGCUCCUUCGUCACCCGCUGGUGCAUCUACACAUGUGGCUGCUGUGGAAGAACCAGGCCCCGCCAAAGCCGCACGCAAGCCUUCUGCCUCGAGAGGCAAACUGACAAGAAAGCUCACCAACGUCAUGCGGAGGAUUGAGCAUGCCGAAGGUCUUCUACAAGAGGCAGCGGAUGCCAUGAAUGUCGAGUACAACGAGGAGACGUUGGCGGCUUAUGAAGCUGCGAACGCAAACGUCGAAGAGAUGUAUGAGAGAAUGCAGUCGUUGGAGGACCAGCUGGCAACAUGCUAG